UAUGCGCUUGCUUAGCAUCAAGUACCGCUACAUCAUUCAUAUCUCAAAAUGAAAAUCAUGAACAAUUUGGUUAUUACAAUUCUUGCGCUUUUCUUGUUCAUGAAUGAAGCCACUUCCAUAACCAAGAAGCACUAUAUCAUAUAUAUGGGAGAGCACUCUUACCCGGAUUCGGAUUCGGUUAUAUCGUCUAACCAUGAUUUGCUUGCAUCAGUUACUGGCAGUAUUCGUCAAGCGAAAGAAGCAGCAGUUCACCAUUACAGUAAGAGCUUUCGAGGCUUCUCAGCGACACUGACAGCCGAACAAGCACAACAACUUCGCGAAUCAGAAUCAGUUAUUUCAGUUUUUGAAAGUAAGACUAGCGAACUCCAUAUUACUCAUUCUUGGGAUUUCCUUGGCGUCGACAAUGUUCCACAAAAUAAUGCAAAAAUUGAAUCCAAAUCAGACGUGAUCGUUGGCAUCAUUGAUUCUGGAGUUUGGCCUGAGUCAGAUAGCUUCAAUGACAAAGGAUUAGGGCCCGUACCCGAGAGAUUCAAGGGAGAAUGUGUUGCUGGAGAUCAGUUUACAGUUGAGAACUGCAACAGGAAGAUAAUAGGUGCUCGAUAUUACUUUAAAGCAAGUGAAGAACUUAGUGGACCAUUGGAGUCUAGAAACAUAACGUUUUUCCGGUCCGCGCGUGAUAGUACUGGCCAUGGAACUCAUGUUGCAUCAACAGUUGCUGGAUCAGUUGUCAAUAAUGUGAAUUUAUUUGGUAUAGCAAGUGGAACCGCAAGAGGUGGCAUGCCGAGUGCUAGACUUGCCAUAUACAAAACGUGUUGGCCCCUUUGUGAAGGUGCCGACAAUCUAGCAGCCUUUGAUGAUGCCAUUAGUGAUGGAGUUGAUAUCAUUUCUAUCUCUAUAGGCGCUUCUCACAAUGGUUUCUUUGAUGAUCCCAUGUCAAUUGGAUCUUUCCAUGCAUUCAAGAAAGGUAUUCUUGUUUCUACUUCAGCAGGAAAUAACGCAAGUGCUGUUACAACAAAAGUCGCUCCCUGGCUCCUAACUGUCGCUGCUAGUUCUAUCGACCGCGAAUUCAUUUCCAAUGUUCAGCUUGGAAAUACAAAUAUUUUGAAGGGGAAGUCUAUAAACCCAUUAAAAAUGGAUAAAUUUCAUCCGGUAAUAUUUGCACAAGAUGCAGCUGGUGUAGGUGUUACAGCAGCAGACGCAAGAUCAUGCGACAAAGGCACUCUAGACCAUAAAUUGAUUAAGGGGAAGAUAGUGGUAUGUAAUGGAGGUGGUAGUGAGGGAGCGGAAGUUUUAAGAGAUGGUGGUGGUGUUGGAAUGAUACUUUUGAUAGACCCAUCAGCUGGAAUAAAUGAUUACAGCGACCAAUACGUUAUUCCAACUACUGUUCUUGACUCGACAGAAUUAAUACAAGCUCUUGUUGAUUACAUGGCCUUAUCACAGAACCCAAUCGCCAGAAUAUUUCCAACAGCAACAAUUCUCAAAACCACUCCUGCACCAAAAAUGGCAAUCUUUUCAUCAAUGGGACCAAAUAGUAUCACUCCUGACAUUAUCAAACCUGACAUUACAGCACCUGGUGUUAGGAUAUUGGCAGCAUGGUCUCCGGUAAGUAUUGAAUCGACAGCAGGACGAUCCGCUGACUACAAUAUUGUUUCAGGAACAUCGAUGGCCUGCCCACAUGCGUCUGCAAUUGCGGCUAUGAUAAAAAGUCACCAUCCUUCGUGGAGUCCAUCAGCUGUAAAAUCUGCCAUAAUGACGACAGCUGAUACGAUGGACAAUACGAAUCAACCUAUACUAGUAAGUACAGCUGAUUUUCUAGCGACACCAUGGAACUACGGAUCGGGGCAUGUAAAUCUCACAGCAGCAUUAGAUCCUGGUUUGGUAUAUGAAUUUGACUCAAAUGACAUAAUCGACUUCUUAUGUGCUACUCCUGGCGCUGACCUGACACAGGUUCAAACGCUCACUGGAACAGAGAUCACUUGUAAAGACCCACUAAUUCCAACUUACAAUUUAAACUAUCCUUCAAUUGGUGUAGCCUUUAUAAACGGAGAAGUGUCAGUUAUAAGAACAGUGACCUAUGUUGGUCGUGGCCCAGCAACUUUCAAAGUUUUUACUCAGGACCCGCCUGGUGUUAAAGUCGCAGUGAAACCAAAUGUGCUCACGUUCAAAAAAACCGGUGAAAGAAAGUCAUUCAGGGUUCAUUUCAUGCCUUCCGAAACUACGAAUAAUACUUUUAUUAUCGGAUCCUUAAGUUGGAUAAGUGGUUUAUACCAAGUUAGAAGUCCCAUUGCAGUGAAUGUAGUAUCAGUCUAGUCAAGCAAGUACGAUAGUGAACAUACAGUAAGAAGUUUCAUUUCAGCAGCAAUGUAAUUUAAACACAAUGUGAUUCGCUUUCAUUGGCUAAUAACCCCUGCAGCAGGGGAUUGAUUUGUAAUAAGAUUAUCAAUUGUGAUAAGGUUGAUUUUAAAGUUUAAAUUCAAGUCUGCCAAAAUUGGCAGGGUGUGGUUUUAA